AUGUCGGUGGCAUCGCUAGUUCCUGCGAACAGCCAGAGAAGCAGAGCGACGGCUGUGAAGUCUUUCGAAGACUUCCUUGCGAAGAAGGAGGUGACGCUCACAGAAGUGCAUGAUCGUAUUUCUAAGGACAGCACAGAUAUAAAGACUAUCAUCUCGGCUCUCUACAUGCACGCUUCCGCCAACUCCGACUACCUGGAUGCGGCGCUAGUGGCGUUGGUGUGGUACCUCUACGGUCGUGGUUCUGAGGCUGAGCAAUUGGAGAAAGCGCAGCUGUGUGUAUACCCCGGCGGUAUGAUAUUUCUCCGCUUUAAGCGUGUGAAGACUGCUUCGCAACAGGGAAUCUCCCUGUUUAAGGAUCCUAACGAUCCCUUCACGUGCCCGUUACACGUGCUAGCUGUCGCUCUCGCCCUUCAACCCGCUCCAGGAACUCGCAUCUUCCCGCAAUUUGCUGCCGUACCUGCGCUGUCCGCGUCCUACGACCAAGACGACGAUGGCGAGCUGGGGCUGAUUGCGCAGCUAGACCGCGAGCUUGCGGAAGCACCUACAUGCAAGACUCCACAGCCACGUCGAGCCAACUCGGCCCCUGGUGCCCAAGCUUAUAUCAAUAGACUAUUAGUCACGGUUAGUGGACUGCCAGCAGCAAAGGAGAGUGGACUCACGAAGGGACUUACCUCGCACUCCUUCAGAAGAGGUGGGGCCAUGCACGCCAACGCCGACAGUCGCAUUAGCCCGAACUGGGUUGUUGAACGCGGGGGCUGGAAUAUGUCGCGCGUGAGCAAGGCGUUUUCCUACAUGCUGAACACAACACACGAAGAUCAACAAGUUGCGCGCCAAUUGAGCGGGUGGAACCCGCAAGCGGGCGCCCGACUUCCAGACCUUAUCGCCCUGGACGGAGCCGUCCGAGCGCGCGUGGAGAAGCUGCAGGAUCUCCUCUUCGCUGCUGUCACUGGUUUCCCGACAGUGUCUUGGAACUUGGAUCCUCAGGUGCUCGAAGUGUUGAUGGCGACCUUGAUCCUUCACUUCCCCGAGAUGGAACGCCAUCGCUUGGAUAACCCGUACGUCCGUCGCAUUCAUGAAGCCCUUGGUGUCCUCAACAUACAGGCCUCCGAGCUGUUGGCAUGCUCGAUCACCCUCCGAGCUGCAUUCAAUCCACCUGCAGAAGAGAAACAAGAAACAGCGGCCGAGUCCUCUCAAAACAUGAUCCGUGUUCUCGAAAAGCUGUCGCAGUAG